AUGGGCGAGGAGUACGCGCGCUCCCCGUGCGAGCGUUUUCCGGCGGCGGGCGCGUUCAGCGUGGCGCCGCCGGAGCGGCUCAGCCCGCCGCCGCCCGCGCCGCUGCCGGACCGUUUCUCAGCGUCCCCGAGGCGUGUGCGCCGUUGUGCCGAAGCGGAGCGCGCGCGACGCCCUCGUUAUGUGCCUCCAGCGGCUCACGUACCCGUCGAGCGGUACGUGCCCAGGCCGCCGGCACCAUUGCGGCCUCCACCGCCGGUGUACUGCGGGCUGGCGUGCCGGCCUCCGGCACCACGAAAGUGUUGCGGUCCCGCUUGCCGCGAAGACAUCGCGGGCUCACCGCCUCCAACGCGCUAUGUGGAGUACGUAGGUGCUGCUGCAGCUCGUCGUUUAGCUUGCACCCCACCGCCGCCGCCACCACCAGCUCUACAGCUGCCCUGCGAGCCACAGGAGCCGCCAUGCUGUGUACAGGCUCGCAGAAGACCGCAACCUCCACAUGAUUGGUGA